AUGGGCAACACUCAAGUUCAGCCUCCAGAGACACCCUUCUGCAACCUGAACAGCCCGAGCCAGGAAGGGCUGCUCUUGGUGCAGUUGCACUUGAUGCCAGGCUUCUUCCUGCUUGUGUUGAUCCUCGGGUUGCCCCUCAACCUGCUCUCCCUCUGGAUCUUCUUCCACCGCCUGCGGCGUUGGUCCCGCAGCACCGUCCUCCUCUUCAACCUGACCCUGGCUGACACGUCCUGGCUGCUGGCCUUGCCUUUCCUCGUCCAGUACCACCUGGACCACCUCCACUGGAGCUUAGGGCUGCCCUUGUGCAAGGCCGUGAGGCUGCUGUACCACAACUACUUUUACCUAAGCAUCUUCUUCGUCACCUUCAUCAGCGUGGACCGCUACCUCGCCAUCGUGCACCCGCUGCGCUCACUGGUGCUGCUGGGUCGCCGGCAGACCAGCCUGCUGUGUGUGGUGGUGUGGGCGUUCACCGUGGUGCUGAGCAUACCUGUUGCCAACAUGUCUUUUAUCCAGACGUGCCCUGGGGACAACCGCACCGUCUGCACUCUUUACAUAAUGCUAAGGGGAACCGGGGAGAGCCUUCCCUAUUCCCUUUUCUGCUCCAUCACCGGCUUUCUCUUCCCGCUGAUUUCAAUCUGCUACUGCUGCCUUCGCAGCGUCCGGGAGCUACGCCACCGCCCCGGUCUCCCCCACCAGCAAAACAAGCAGCAGCGGCUCAGACGGGUGCUGAGCGCUGCGCUGAUCCUCUUUGCGCUCUUCUACCUGCCCUACCACCUGAGCCGAAACGCUGCCAUCAUGAUGAGGACACUCCACCCUGACAACCCCGGUUCCUGGCAGCCCGCUGACCUGCUUUUUGCCCUGGAGAUGUGCUUCUGCAGCCUCAGCACCUGUGUCAAUCCGCUGUUCAGCUGCUUCAUAGGCCGCCAGUUCAGGCGGGAGUUUCACGGCACCUUUUCAGUGAUGUUUACCCAGUGUCCAGGCGUGAUGCUGGCUUCAAUAUUGUCCCAGCGGGAAAGGAGGACAGUGGCGAGGGAAGGCAAGACUACCGUCACCCCUAUGUGCACACUGCCUGAAACAUAG